AUGGCAUCGCAAUUUCUCCGUUCCACCAACUCGCGUUACGUUGCUGGUGUUCUCGCUGCUCUCGGAGCCGGAUCCGCUCUUUACACUCUCACUCCACAGACUGUUCAAGCCAAAUCGGAAGUGGAUGCUGCGACAAUCAAGAAGAUUGAAGAGGCCUACGCCAAGCUGAAUGGUCCAGAAGGGGCGAAAUGCAAAUCUCUUUUGAAGAAACAUUUGACGAAGGAUGUGGUCGAUAAGCUGAAGGCAAAGAAGACAAAGCUCGGAGCAACUCUUUAUGAUUGCAUCCGUUCGGGAGUCUACAAUUUGGACGCUGGAGUCGGUGUCUAUGCUCCAGAUGCUGAGGCUUACACUUUGUUUGCUCCACUCUUCGAUAAAAUCAUCGAGGAGUAUCACGGAUUCACUCCAAAACAGAAGCAACCACCAGUGGAUCUCGGAGAGGGAAAGACAAAGGAGUUCCCACCAUUGGAUCCAAAGGGAAAAUACAUCAAAUCGACGAGAAUCCGUUGUGGACGCUCUCUCAAGGGCUACCCAUUCAACCCAUGUCUCACCCAGGAUAACUAUUUGGAGAUGGAGGGAAAGGUGAAGAAGGCGUUUGCCGAGUAUUCGGAUAAGGAGUUGAAAGGAAAGUACUAUCCAUUGGAUGGAAUGAGCAAGGACACUCAGAAACAACUGAUUGCUGACCACUUUUUGUUCAAGGAGGGAGAUAGACAUCUUCAGUAUGCGAAUGCGUGCAACUUCUGGCCAAAGGGACGUGGUAUCUUCCACAAUAACGAUAAGACUUUCUUGAUUUGGGUCAAUGAGGAGGAUCAUAUGAGAAUUAUUUCGAUGCAAGAGGGUUCUGAUGUUGGAAAAGUUCUCGAUCGACUCAUCAAGGGUGUUCGUGGUAUUGAGAAGCAGGUUCCAUUCUCCCGCGACGACCGUCUCGGAUGGUUGACCUUCUGCCCAACAAACUUGGGAUCCACAGUCCGUGCCUCCGUUCACAUUGCUCUUCCAAAGUUGGCUGCUCGCAAGGAUUUCAUUGAGAUUUGCGAGAAGUUGAACCUCCAAGUUCGCGGUAUUCACGGUGAACACUCGGAAUCGGUUGGCGGAGUUUACGACAUUUCCAACAAGGCUCGUCUCGGUCUCUCUGAAUAUCAAGCGGUGAAGCAGAUGUAUGACGGAGUGAAGAAGUUGAUUGAAUUGGAGGAGAAGGAGAAAUUAAUCUUCACUCACCGCAAAUUUACUGAUACCCGGUUGACACUUGCUCAGUGGAAGGCUAAGAGAAAGAUAGCCGGAUUCAAUGAUGACACCAAACUUCCAGUCAUGAAGAUAAAUGACACUCGAACCAUUAUCGGCGUCAUUGACAUUUGCAGGCAUAUUGCUCUUCAAUACGGUCUUUACGGAAGUUCGAGUGGAGAUCAAGAGGCGAUUGAUGAAGUGAUUCAGAAGUUGGAGGAGUUGAACACAGCGAUGAAUCCUAUUUUGAGAGCAACUCUUACCAAGAAUUAUGAUGCAAGGAAAGAGUGCUGGAAUGUCUUCAAAGAAGAAUCCCUUUUCCCACUUCUCCGAAAAUACGAGGAGCUACUCGGUGAGCAACGAUUCAUGGUUGGAACUCAGUAUUCCUGGGCCGAUAUUGCUCUCAUCGAGUUCCUGACUCGUUGCCAACAGUGUUACGAUAGUUUCUAUCUUGCUCACUUCGAAAGACUCCGCACUUUCUGUCAAGUCUUCGAGUCUCUUCCACACAUUCGUCCUUAUAUUCAAGGACGAUCCGAUUCCUUCUUUUGA